AUGCCAGUUACAAGACAAACGACAUAUCACCCUGAUGAAUUUCGAGCAGACAUGAAGGAAGCUAUACAAAGGUUGAACGAAACCGAUGGUGAAGAUUGCGUUAAAGAGGUAGUUCAGUUUGUUGAGGAAAAGCUGCAUCUAAACAUCAUUCACAAGGAAAUUGAUCGCGCACAUCGUCUUGGCCCAAAGAUUUCAACCCAGUCAAGACCGCUAAUUGUUAAAUUUAAAUCAUACAGUACAAAGGCCGCAAUUUGUAAACGACGAAAAGAUCUGAAAGGCACACAGUUUUAUCUAAAUGAAGACCUGACCAAGUACAACGUCAGUUUGUUCAAAUACGCUUCUGAACAUAACACUUAUAUUAAAUCUGUCUGGACGACGGAUGAUAAGAGUUUUGAUCUAUUUGCGGUAUCUGAAACUUGGCUCCACAAUAACAGUUCUGACGAACAUUUGCACAUUCCAGGCUAUUACUCUAUCAUUAGAAAAGACAGGUCUGGUAUGCGUGGUGGCGGUGUAGCUUUGUAUAUAGCACAAUCACUUGCAUUCAAAAGACAGAAUGACCUGGAAAAUAUAGAUUUAGACUUACUUUGGGUUGAAAUUAAAAUGAAUGGAGUAACUUUGUUGUGUGGGGUGUGUUAUAGACCACCUAAUAACUCUCUGGAAGAAACCACAUUUUUCUUGGACGCCCUCCAGACAGUUAUUGAUAAAAUCCGAUUAAACCAACAUUUACCUAUGAUGAUUGUAGGCGAUCUAAAUGCCCAUUAUGACCGAAAUAAAUUACUAAGUACCACGUUUGGUAACCGUUUUUAUCAAUGGCUCGAGUGCAAUGCCCUGUCUCAGAUAAUCGAUGAACCAACUCGUGUGACAUACAACACAGCCACAAUAUUAGACGUUAUAAUUACUAAUUGCCCUAGAUAUUUUGUGCAUCAAGGAACGUUUAGUCCACCCACGAACUGCGAUCAUUCCUACAUCUACGCAAAAAUGAGUUUUACACAUUCUAAACCAAAAGCUUUCAAAAGACACAUAUGGGAUUUUGCCAACAUUAACAUGACAAUGCUAAAUGAGGAUCUUUCGAAUAUCAAUUGGGAAAAUUGUAUUAGAGAUUCUACUCAGAUUGAUAAUGUUUAUGGAAAUUGGUUUCGGCAUUUUCGAUUUAUAAUUGAUAAUUACAUCCCAAAUAAAAUAGUUGUAAUACGACCUCGGGAUAAACCUUGGAUGAUAUCGGCGGUACGAACUGCAAUUCGAAAAAGAAACAGAUUAUUAAAACAAUUUAGUAAAAGGAAAACUGACUUCCUUUGGCGCCGUUACAAAAAUCAGAGAAAUUAUACAAUGUGGUUAAUCCGUGAAGCUAAAACUUCGUAUUAUCGUAAACUAAAUAAUAAAUUAUCAGAUCCCUCGUUAGGUCCAAAGAAGUGGUGGAGUUAUAUUAAAUCCACUCUUAAUCAUAAAAAUAAUUAUACAUCUAUACCACCUAUUAGAAAGGGCGCUGAGUUUGUUUUUCACCCGAAAGAAAAAGCGGACUUAUUCAAUGAUUACUUUGUUAAUCAGUCUAGAAUUAACGAUAGUAAUUGUCAGUUACCGUUAUUAACUUAUUUCCAGUCUGAUAAAACAUUAUCAAUAAUUCAUACAACAGAACAAGAAGUUCUGAUGUUACUGGAGAGGGUCGAUAUUACAAAAGCUUGUGGUCCUGACGGUAUUGGAAACAAGAUCCUCAAACUAUGCAGUAGUGGCAUUCAUAAAUCAUUUACAAAUUUUCUUAAUCUAAGCUUUCAAAAAGGAGAAUAUCCUACUGAAUGGAAAAGAGCUAAUGUCAGUCCUAUAUACCAAAAAGACGACAGCCAAUAUAAAGAGAAUUACCGUCCCAUAUCUCUUCUUCCAUCUAUUUCAAAAAUAUCAGAAAAAAUCGUAUUUGCAAGGCUGUAUGAAUUUUUAUUAGAAAUACAUUUCCUUAGCGAUUUUCAGUCUGGAUUCGGACCUGGGGAUAGUACUGUUAACCAAUUAACCUAUAUUGUUCAUGUAAUUUACCAAGCCUUGGAUAUGGGGAAAGAAGUACGUAUGGUUUUUCUUGAUUUCACUAAAGCAUUUGAUCGGACCGAAAACAAAGAGUUGUUAUCGAUGGGCAGACUUCAGGUUGGUUAA